GCGUUUAUUGCGAGUGGUUCAAUGACAAUGUCGUCGUGCAUAGAAAAAGAAAUCAAGUUUGAAGAGCUUUGCAAUCUUUUGAAAACUAGCAAGAUUACGUUGCUCGAUGUGCGGACAUUUCAGGAGCUAACAGAUGUAGGUUUAAUUCCUGGCUCAAUGAAUAUACCACUUGCUGAACUUGAAAAUGCCUUUCAUUUGUCACCUGACGAGUUCCAGAACAAGUAUGGGUUUCUUCAGCCAUCGAAGAAUGACGAGAGCAUUGUAAUCACCUGCAGAUCAGGUCGUAGGGCUAAGGAAGGCGUAGAGAAAAUGGAGAAACUAGGCUACAAUAAAGUUCGUUGCUACUGUGGGAGUUUUUUGGAGUGGAAAGAAAAAGGCAGGAAGGUUGUUUUUCCGUAAAUCUUCACUCAUUGAUUGCGUUCCAAAACACCACUUGAGCAAAAAAUGUACAGUUCUUGAAUAUUUUAAUCAAUCAAAGAUACCUUAAUUCUUUUAUUCUUUACAUAAGAAAACUUAAUCAA